UCCAACUCCUCUCUCACUGGAAGUGAGUGAGCAAUUGCUAAACGUCAAAACCUACUGAACUUUGACAGCUAAUCGAGUUCAGUAGGUUUUGACGUUUAACAAUUGGAAACGAGUGAUGGCCAGAUUGAAAUCUUACCAAAAAAAUAUGUAAACGGAGAGAUUUGUUGCACUUACAAAAAAUGUAAAACAAUGAAAAUUAAAUAAAUUUAUGAAAUGUAAAUGUAUUUGAUGAAACAUUUUGUAAUGUCAAGCAUCAUAGUAUUAUUUUCGAUGGGAAAUUAUUAAAAACAUUUAUUGAUUAAGAGCUAAAAAGCUUAAAACCUUUUAUUGGGUAUUGAAAAGUCAAAAGUCAGUUGUUUUAACAUGCCAUACAAAGAUUUAAUUAGAUUCUCUAGGUAUUAAAUAACCACUAAAUAGUAAUUUUUAUUCUUACUAAGUGUUGGGUGUUUUAAUUUAAAUGUCUAAAAAUUAGUAUUUUGUCCAAUCUGGCCAUAAUGGAAAAUGUUAUAAAAAACGCUUAUUUUGAAACGCUCUCACACUGGAAUAAGUUGGACAUCCCUUUAUUCCUGGUGCGAAUAGCAAAGUGAACCAGUUCAGUUAUCAUCAAUUGCUGCUGUGACGAGUAAGUUUACAUUCACACCAUAUAUGUACAUCUACUAGAUAACGGAAAAUUCAGUAACUAAUAAUGGCCUCAAGUUCUACCCAAACACUUGCUCUUCAGACGGAUUCCAGUGCGCUGAACUGCUUCAAGGAAAAAUUAAUGGCGAAAAUAUUUAGCUUCUACGACGAGCAGUCUCUAAUCGAUGUGACAUUUAAAGUUUCAAACCCAACGGCUCUCGUACCCGCGCAUCGUUUGAUACUCGCAGCAGCGAGUCCUUACUUCGAGAACCUUUUCAAUGGCGAUCAAGGCAAUAAUCCUGUCAUCCUGAUAAAUGAUAUCGAUAGCGAUAUCUUUGAGCGUCUAAUAACCUUUUGCUACACCGGUCAGGCGCUAAUUACCGCUAACAAUGUCGGUGCUAUGGUAAAGGCGGCAAUCGUUUUGCAAUUGGACGACGCCUUGAGCAGUUGUGUGGACUAUCUUAUGACACAAAGCGAUGAAUACACAUUACACGAUGCUUAUAUGCUGGAGCGUGAAACGCAAAGUGAACUUCUUAAGCAGAAAUUUAUCGAAUACGAAAUACAGAAUUUUAUGGAGAUCAGCCAAAGCGAUGAGUUUCUGAAUUUUGAUGUUGAAAGAUUGAAAUAUAUUCUGGAAUCUGACAAUUUGAAUAUAACUUAUGAGGAAGAUGCCUACGAUGCCAUAAAUCGUUGGUUCAAUUACGAUGUUUCUGCGCGUCAAGAACAACUACCACUUUUAUUAGCUUGUCUCCGGCUUCCGCAAUUCAGUAUGGAUUUUCUGUUGACACACAUAGAGCCAUUACCUGCUGGUGAUCCACUGGCCUUCAAGCCGUUAUCCGAGGUCAGAACGCCUGCAGCACGGACUCCCUUCCCACGACGAUCGGGUCUACGUAAAGUACUGUCAACUGGGCGGAAUUCUGCCGCUACAACAAACACAACAAUACCGACAAAGAAAUAUAAACGAUUUCCUAAACCAAGCGAGCUUAGUGCUGGCAAUUGUGUGAAAACAUUACUGGCAUUUUGCUCAGGGACGAAUCCCAAGCUGCUGCAAUAUAACAAAGUUGAGGACAAGUGGCAAGAAUAUGCGAGCAUAAAAUGCGACCACAUUUGUUAUAGAACUAUUUUAAAGGAUGAUAAUGUAUUAUUUAUUGGCGGUAAUAAAAGUGGUGUCACAUCCAACAUCAUCCGCAGUUGGAAUAUAUGGAAAAAGGCAUGGCAACAUUUGAAUUUGCCCGCCAUGAAACAAGCAAGAAGCUCACACUGCGUUGUUGAAUUAGAUGGUAAGAUCUAUGCGAUUGGUGGUUUUGGGAAUAAUAAAAUUCUGCAGUCGGUAGAGAGAUAUACUGCAUGCGAUGGGUGGGAGUACGUGCACAGUCUGAUUGUUGGACGAGAAGGUGCCGGAGCAGUGACUUUUGGUGGUAAAAUUUAUAUAAUGGGCGGUUAUAGUGACGGUGAAGAAUUAAAAUCCGUCGAGUGCUACAAUUCCGAUUCAAAUACUUGGACUCCUUGCGCGGAUACGAUACUACAUCACUCUUUACCUGGUGUAGCUGCACAUAAUGGUCACAUUUAUGUUUUAAGCAAUAUCGGUAUUGAACGAUACGAUCCUCAGCAAGACACAUGGUCACAGAUUUGCUCUCUGGAAGUUGGCCGUGGUCUUAUAGCUUGCGUAUCGCUAGACAAUAAACUGUGGGCUAUUGGUGGCACCACCCAAACAGGCGGAAAGGCAGAGUUUAAUGACUGUUGGGUGGAAAGAUGCUCAUUACCCACAAAUGACGUUUAUAACUGUUUUGUUGUGCCUGAAUCCUUGCUGUCGUCGAAAUGAUUCAAUAAUAAUAUAAUUAUUGUUCCUUUUUUGAUUAAUGAAUUCGUUUAGAAUAAACUGUCUUAUAAAGAUAA